UGAAUAUUCAAUAGAUCAAGAUGGAUGGAGGAGGUGUGACAGAGGUCCAGGAGCAGCUUGGUGCUCUAUCCAUGCCCAGAGAUGAAAGGACAAAUGAUGAGAGACCGGAGAAAAGACUAGAAGAGGAGGAGGAGGAGGAAGAUGAUGAUGAGGAUGAUGAUGAGGACGAUGAUGAUGAGGACGAUGAUGAUGAUGAUGAAAAUGAGGAGGAAGCAGAUGAACCUAAACUCAAGUAUGAGAGAAUAAGCAACACACUGGAGGAUAUCCUUAACACUGAUGCAGCCAGCUUCUUGGCUGUUCAUAUAAAGUUUCUUGCUAUUGGUACACAUUGGGGAGUGCUUCAUGUUUUGGAUCACCAAGGCAACAACAUCAGUGGGAAAGAAUUCACUAAGCACACCACCACAGUAAACCAGGUCAGUAUGGAUAUGAAUGGGGAUUACCUGGCCAGCUGUUCAGAUGAUGGCAGGGUUGCUAUCAUUGGCUUGUAUGAAGGAGAACACAACCAAGUCCAGUCUUUUGACAGGCCAGUCAAGGCUGUAGCUCUUGAUCCAAAGUUUUCUCGUCCAGGCAGCGGCAAGCAGUUCAUCACAGGAAGUGAUCGGCUUGUGCUUCAUGAGAAAGGAUUCUUGGGGCGUAGUAAGUCCACCAUUCUCCAUCACGGUGAGGGUCCUAUUAGAAGUAUCAAAUGGAGAGCUUCUUUGGUAGCAUGGGCCAAUGACUUGGGAGUGAAGGUAUAUGACAUGCAGUCCAAGCGACGUAUCACAUUCAUCAAGCGGGAUCACCCAGAGGCAAUGAGACCGGAGCUCUAUAGAUGUAAUCUCUGUUGGAAGGAUGAUAAUACUCUACUCAUUGGAUGGGCAAACACUAUCAAGAUUUGCUCUGUGAAGGAGAGGAUAACCCCAGACAACAAGGAUUUACCAAGCAAAUAUGUUGAAAUAACUUCCAUGUUUUCCACUGAUUUCACUGUAUGCGGACUGGCUCCGCUCGGUGAUGCUCUGGUUGUUGUUGCCUUUGUCACGAGUGGACCAAAGAAUGAUGGUGAAGACAAUGGAGCUCGUAGACCACAGUUAAAGAUCAUAACCCCUUUCUCCGAUGAUUACCAGCUUGUUACCAGUGAUGCCCUGUCAAUGCGUGGUUUCCAGUCCUACAGGCCCAAUGACUACCACUUAGAGUAUGAAUCAGAUGAAGGAGUGUUCUAUAUCGUCAGUCCAAAGGAUGUAGUGGUUGCUAGGCAACGUGAUAUGGAUGAUCACAUCACAUGGUUGAUGAACCAAGAGAAGUAUGAGGAAGCAUUGUCUGAGGCUCGUCUGAAUCACAAAGACCUGGUCAAGAUUCGACCUAUGGACGUAGGUCACAAAUAUCUCAAUCACCUCAUCAGCACUGGGGAGUUUGAUAAAGCUGCAAGCUUGUGUCCGAUGAUCCUUGGGAAGAACAAAGAUCUUUGGGAGGAGGAGGUGUUCAAGUUUGCCAAGCUUCACAAGCUGAAGGUCAUCAGUCAGUACAUACCCAAGGGUGACAUGAGACUGUCAAAGGCCAUCUAUGAGAUGAUCCUCAAUGAGUAUCUACAGACAGACCUUCAGGGCUUCAACAAACUAAUCAAGGAGUGGCCACAUGACCUCUACGACCUCAUGACGGUGGUCUCAGCCGUCAUGGAUCGACUCAAUAUGGACCCAAGGAACGCUGUCCUGAUGCAGACACUGGGGGAGCUGUUCAUCUAUGAUCAACGUUACGACAAGGCUCUGGCCAUUUACCUGGAGUUAGGGCACGAGGAUGUGUUCAAGUUGAUUCACAAGCGCAACCUCUUUGACUCAAUCCAGGAUAAGAUCGUUCUUUUGAUGAAGUUUGAUACUGCUCAAGCCAUCGAGAUGCUCAUCACAAACUCAGAUAAAGUAGCUGUCAAGAAAGUGGUAUCACAACUGCAAGACCAUCGGCAGCUAUUGUAUCAGUACCUAGACGCCUUAUUCCAGAAGGACCCCAACGAAGGCAAAGACUUCCAUGCCAUGCAGGUUGAGCUUUACGCUGAGUUUGACCGACCACGCCUUCUUCCGUUCCUCAAGACCAGUAACUUCUACCCGUUACAGCAGGCCCUGGAGCAAUGCGAACAGAGGAACUUCAUCAAGGAGAUGGUCUUUCUGCUCGGUCGUAUGGGCAAUACCAAGCAAGCUCUGAGAUUGAUCACAGAGGAGUUGAAGGAUGUUGAACAAGCAAUCAUCUUUGCCAAGGAGCAUGAUGAUGUGGAGCUGUGGGGCGACCUCAUUGAUUAUUCCAUGGACAAACCGCCUUUUAUCACUGGACUCCUGAACAAUAUUGGAACUCAUGUUGAUCCAAUUAUACUAAUUAAGAGGAUUAAGGAAGGAAUGGAGAUUCCGGGUCUAAGGGACUCGCUGGUCAAGAUUCUGCAUGACUACAACUUACAGAUCAUGUUGAGAGAAGGAUGCAAGAAGAUUCUGGUGUCAGAUUGUUUCUCACUGAUGCAGAGGCUCAACAAAAUUCAGAAGAGAGGGGUCAGAAUUGGUGAUGUUCAGACAUGUGAUUGCUGUCACCAACCUCUUCAGAACACUGAGCCUCCUCCAGUUGCAGUAGUUUUCUACUGUCAUCAUACAUUCCAUGAAGAGUGCAUACUCUCUCAAAACAUGUCUCAUUGCCUGAUCUGUCAUUCUCAACGGCGAGGACCAGGAAGCAUCGCCUCUGGAUUUAUGAGAUGAUCAAAGCUAUUCCAUUAGAGAGAUAGACUGAAGGACUAAAUAUAACUAAAUAAAUGAGCAGAGAUAGAGAGAAGGACUGAAUAUAAUUACAGAAUUAAUGAACUGAUUCAAGCCUUUUUCAGAUAUGUAGCAGUCAACCCCAGCAGUAUUUGUAUGAUGGCAGAAAGUGUUAUAUGCUACGCAUUUCCUAUUCACAGAGCUAAGUGAAUUUAGGCAUCUAGGGCCAUUGUUGGAUGCAGUUGCUGAUCAUUUACACCUUUUGUUUUAAAUGCUGCGGUUUAUGACUUCAUAUCUCAACAAAGAGGAUUUGAAACUGAAUUUAAUUAUGGAUCUGAAACUAAUUCCCUUGACCACAUUACUACAACCAACCACCACCAAAUGUGACUUCUGUCUUCUGACUCCUUUCAGCAUCUGGCACACAGAACUUUACUCUGUCAAGGUGCCAAUUUCAAACAACAAUAUUUACCUCUUGGAUAUACAGUGUAUGCAAAAUCACAGUAUAAUGUGCUUACCGUAUACAAUCAAACCUGCUUUAGUGACCACCUGCAUAGAAAGACCACAUUGUUUGUUUCCCUUGAAAAUGGUUUUCUCAUUGAAACAUGUACAAAAGGAUCAUGUGCAUAAAAAGACCACCUGUCUAUAAAGACCACUUUUCUUGUCUCCCUUGGGUGGUCUUUAUGGACAGGUUUCACUAUAAUAUGCAUCGUUCUUUUCCCUUGGAUUUUAUAAAAUUCACAAAUAAUUUUACCUAUUAAGUUUGUUAGUUUAUACAUGUAUGUAUAUUUUGGGACAUGUUAAGAAUAUUUGAAAGGAAUUAAAUGAAUCUACUUUCUUGUUGAUUUAACAAAUGAUUAAUACACAAGAAAAAUUACAUUUGAUGUGAAUAUUUCAAUGUGGAAUCCUAUUUUAUUUCAAGGUUUUGAAGGUCACAUACUUUAAGAAAAAAACAGAAGACUCACAUAUUUAUCUAUUGCUCCUUAUACACUUAAAAUAAAGCUAGGGUAAAUGAUGGCUUGCUUCACAAUUUUCUACUUUUUAAAAAUAUUUGUGUGCAUGGACUACUGAAAUUAAUCUAUUAUUUAUUUGUUUAAAGAAGAUUUAUGACACUUCAUUUUUUCCCUGGCCAUCAUGUUUUCCAGGGAUUUGCCUCAAAUUCUGAAAGACUUGCAUACCGGUAGUACCUUUAGUAAUAUUUUUUAUGUAGCAACUCAUCAAAAUGUCUAAGGAUGAAAGUUUACACUUUGGACUUUGAAUGGUAUUAUUAUAUUGUUACUUUUAGGGAAAGAUAUUUUACUUGUGGUUAUAAAUUAUAACUCCUGGCAAGGCCAUGCGUUUGUUGCAUCAACUAAAUAAUUUCUUGAAAAUGAAGAUAAAAUGAUUGUGAAGGUACCCCCUCCCCCCAAGAUUAUUUUUUCCUCCUGUUUUAAAUAAUGUGCUUGCCAAAGUAUUUGUUUCGUUUGUAGUUGCAUGUAAGCUGUACAUAUAUAUGAAAUCAAUUUAUAUUACAAUAAUGAAGAGCAAUUAUGAUAUUGUUGAACAUGUAUUGUUCAGAAUUGCUUUGAAACUCUUCUUUGAAUAAAGAGCCAUAUAUUAUGCAUUCAUGUA